AUGGCUUCACUUCUUGGAAGCGAACCGCUGACUACCACUAUGCCCACGAGUUUCUCAACGUCUACCACUGAUGGUCCAAUUUCGUCGCUUCGAGUGCUGUAUCCUUUCAUGGUGUUUUUCUCGGUUCUAUCAUCCAGCCACGCCUCAGUUUUUCCAGGGCGAUGUUUCAACACUGAAAAGGGACUGAGCAUCGAAGGAGGAGACUAUCGACGACUCCGAAGCAUCGAUCAUCGAGGAUGUGCUGUGGAAUGCCGCGACGAUCCUUCGUGUUUGGCGUACGAGUGGAUGGAAAGCGCGGAGCUGUGCUAUUUGAAGUCACGUUCAUUGAGUGGUGAUCUCAUCAAGAAAAAGGACACAUUGAUUGGAUUCUGCUUGGAUGAAGAAGACGAGCUGAGAGACCGAUUCCGAGACCAUGCUGUCACCGGUCCGGAACUAGCGUCAUUGGCAGGUCUAGACGGUGAUCAGUGCAAGGCUGCAUGCUUUACGAUCCCGGAAGCUGCAAUAUAUAGCUGGACUCCGGACGAUGACGAAGAUGAUGAUGCUACAAUCGGGACUUGUAAAUGUAUGGGAGCGCUGAGGUCAAUCAAGCUGGUGUUCAACGCUUUCUCCGGAUUCCUGGGGCCACGAAAGAGGCGUUUACGACAAGUGAAACAAUUCAAUAUUCAUAGCAGAUACUAG